UAACUCAACAGCGCGGCGAGGAAACAGGGCGUGUUUUGCAAAGGAAGCGUGUCCGAUGCGAUUGCCAGAAAACUUUCACAACUCCGUCCUGCCGAAAGGAAGAAAGGAUAACAACGCGUGAAUUGGGACAAGAUGCACUAUUACCGGUAUGAGAACGCAGAAGUCAGCUGCUGUUAUAAAUACCUGAUGUUUAGUUACAACAUCAUCUUCUGGCUUGCUGGAGCAGCAUUUAUUGCAAUUGGAUUCUGGGCAUGGAGUGAGAAGGGGGUGCUGCUGGAUCUGACCCAGGUGACAAGGAUACACGGCUUUGACCCAGUCUGGGUGGUUCUGGUCGUGGGCGGUGUCACCUUUAUCCUGGGUUUUGCAGGAUGCGUUGGGGCUCUAAGGGAGAAUAUUUGCCUGCUGAAGUUUUUCUCCGGGCUGAUAGGCUUCAUCUUCUUCCUGGAGCUGACGGCAGCCGUGCUGGCCUUCGUUUUCCAGGACCCUCUUCGGGACUGGCUCAGCGACUUCUUCCUCAACAAUAUCAAGGGCUACAGAGAGGACAUCGACCUGCAGAACCUCAUCGACUCGCUGCAGAGGCUGAAUAACUGCUGUGGUGCCCAGGGUCCCAAUGACUGGAAUGGGAAUGUAUAUUUUAACUGCACUACUGAAAACCCAAGCCGUGAGAAGUGUGGGGUUCCCUUCUCUUGCUGCCUAAGUGAUCCUGCUGAUAUGGUUGUGAAUACGCAGUGUGGCUAUGACAUCAGGAGCAAAAAGGAAAACAUCUGGAGUACUGCCAUUUACACCAAGGGCUGCAUUCCAGCGCUCGAGGCAUGGUUACCACGGAAUAUCUACAUUGUCGCGGGAGUUUUCAUUGUCAUCUCCCUCCUGCAGAUGCUGGGGAUCUUCUUGGCUCGGACUCUGAUUGGAGAUAUUGAAUAUGUGAGGUCCAACUUCAUUAGGUAUUGAAUACGUGAGGCCCACAGGGCAACAGUGAGAGAGACUGGACAUCUGUUCCCAUUCAUAAUCCUGUCACUGCUGGAGGCCUUGCAGGACACCCAGAAAGAUCUUGAGAAAAAGACUUGAGCUUUUGUGAUGGCAAAGUGCUUCUUUACGGCAGCCUCAGAAAGAUGCCAAAUUUACUGCUCCUUUUGUGUGCUUUGUCAACACUGGGAAGGGGGCGCUGAUGUACUUGGCGCUCAGAAGUCACAUUUGCAGCUAAUUCACUUUCUGUAGAGAAGUUUAAUUUAGAUGUAUUCCAUUUCGAGGAGCUUAUGAAUUCCAUUUGUAAUAUUUUGUUCUUGUGAGUAACAUGAAGGUUUCCUAGAUUUUCAUUUUAUGUGAUCCCUGCUAAACUAAUGAUGUCACCCUUCAUUCGUUACUCUGAGCUUUAAAGUUGAAAAAUGUAUAAAGACAAAAACAUCUGCUUUAUUCAGAGUUUUGAGAAUUUUACCUUGUGUUCAGUUUCUUUGUAUUUAUUUUCCCUUAUUGAGAGAAGAGAAGAUUUUUGUAAUGCUAAAAUGCCAAUUAGAAAACAAAGCACCUGUAAUUUAAUGUUUACGUGAUGAGUAACGAGGCAGUAUUACUGCCUUUUACUUCUAUGGAGCUUGACUGAGAAAAAGGCUAUGACAUCAGAGCCCCAUAUGCUGUGAAAUGAGUCCCCCCCCCCCCCCCCGACAUUGGAAGCUAUUCUUGCAAGAAACACUUGUACAGCUCUAUGAGGUGUGUACAUUCAGUCUGUUGUGUGUGAAUAUGUGUGUUGCCACUGCACCAAUCUAAGUAGCCCAUUAGUACUACUGCAACCUCAACUGUUUGAUACAUCCUUGUUCUUUACAAGGUAAUGCUAAGAUUUUACUAAAGGCAUGUUGAGGUCUAGUACCUACAUCAUAGAAGUCCACGUGUGUUAGUUUGUGACAGUGGAGGUCUGCCUGUUCUUUACCUGAUACUCUUUAUUUUAUGUUCAAGCGAUAUUGCACUUUUCUAUGCAAAAUCCAUAAGUCCACUCUUUGUUCAACAAUUGACCUUUUCACUGUAACCGGUGGAUUUUGCAGCAGUUGGGUGAUAAGAAAAGUAGCUAGAAGUCCAUGGUCAGUGUGCACUGCCAGGUUGCAGAUGUCUUAUGGCAUACUGAAGGGUUAGCACCAACUGGACAAGUGGUCCAGUGUUGUGCAUCUGUCGGUAAUCUUAAGCACCUGGAAGAUCCCAUUUGUUGCUGUUGAAGUGACAGUUGUCUGACUGAAGCCCACCUAACGUCACUCAGUUUUGGUCAACUGUGUUGUCACUUAGAGAAUCCUAGUCACAUUUGAUUAAACGCAUUGGCCUGUGUUACAGGAAUCAACCUGCACUGCAAGCAGCUUUAAAGCCACUAGGAGCCCCCCAAAGCUUUUCUGUAUAGAUUGCUGAGAGACCAUGGUGGAGGUGAAUUGUCAACGUUAGGCAAAUAGUUCCUGAUCUGUGUUCUACCCUACUUCUAUGCUACAGACUUUGUCCUUUUAAUGUAUACCUCAUUAAAAAAGUGCACACAACUUGCUUUUUGAGUCUGAAUUAAAGAAAUUAGACUGCAUGUAUAUCUAAAGCACUCUUUUAAGUAGUGAAUAAAUUCGAAUGUGAAAAAUAUUUUUUGACCCAUGCAUUGCUCUGAAAAUGUUUGACUUGCAUGCAAGAAACUUCUUUUGAUAGUCCACAUAUUGACAAGAGUUUAAAAUUAAAGAUUCAUCAGCUGUACCCUUUUAUAAAUGUUGACAUAAAGGGAGUGGGAGGGGGUGUAUCUUGAUUCAUAUUGCACAGUGUUUACAGAAAACUCCUGGUUUGCACGCAACAGUCCAGAAGAUAUCGACAUGCCACUCAAUGUGAUGUUUCAAUGAAAUAAAAGCAUUGUAGCCACAAGUGGGGAAAUAUCCUGCAUAUGUUAUGUUUUCCUAGCUAUGUUUUUAAAGCUGUACCUGACUAGAUUCAGCACAGGCUGUAUACAGUAAUUCUAACAAAAAGAUUAAAGUGAUGCAUUAAUCUAAAAGGGCAAAUAACUGAGAGUGAAGAAAACAUCUAAAAGCUGAGGAACCCUUGAGCAGUUGAUGUGAGGAGCCUAUUUAGAUUGUGUGUCUGCGUGUGUGGGAGAGAGAUGCAGCCGUAUCUGGCCCGUAUAACAGAGGUAGUGGCCAUUAGCACAACAUCAGACGCAGCAGAAUGGUGCUCUCUCCCUGAGUCUGACACUUCUCAGAAGCACACCUUUACAGUCCCUUCCAAAUGAUUUCCCAUUGUAAUGGGAAUGAGUUCUUUAGGGAAUGUUUUAUUUUUAAAAUUUUGUACAAAGUGAUUUGUUUUCUACUGUAUUAUAUGUAAACCUCUGCUAGACUUCUUUGUACAUAAUAUUACAAUUUUUUCAUGCAAUAAAUGUACAUUUUUUUGGA